UGUAACAACAAAUCAAGCGCUUGAACGACCAACCUUGAUCAUGUCAACUUCCGUCAUGUGUUGACCUAAAAUUUAAGACUUCAUUUAGUUAUUUCAUUAUUAUUGAAUGAAAAAAUAAAUCAUGAGAGUACUUUUGUAUUCCAAAACUUUGUUUAGAUCGAGUGCGAUACUAUUUAAGAAGUUCCAUACCCAUCCAGCUUGUUUAUCCAACAGUGGUAGAACUAUAGGAGAGGUCAUUAAAGAUGUGGCAAGAAUUCGUAACAUUGGCAUAUCGGCUCAUAUUGAUUCAGGGAAGACGACCCUCACAGAACGCCUCUUGUUUUACACAGGACAAGUGGACGAGAUUCAUGAGGUGAAAGGCAAGGAUGGUGUUGGAGCCAAGAUGGACUUUAUGGAGCUGGAAAGACAGCGGGGCAUCACCAUCCAGUCAGCAGCCACUUACGUCAUGUGGAAGGACGUCAACAUCAACAUCAUUGAUACACCAGGUCAUGUUGACUUUACGGUAGAGGUAGAGCGUGCCCUCAGGGUGCUGGACGGCGCAGUGUUGGUGCUGUGUGGUGUGGGUGGUGUACAGUCGCAGACCCUGACCGUCAACAGGCAGAUGAAGCGCUACAAUGUGCCCUGUAUAGCCUUCAUCAACAAGUUGGACAGGCAGGGUGCGAAUCCUCUCAGAGUGGUCAGCCAGCUGAGGUCCAAGUUGAACCACAAUGCAGCACUGCUGCAGCUACCCAUAGGCCUGGAGGAGAACUUGGAGGGGGUGGUGGAUCUCAUAAGGAUGAGGGCGCUGUACUUCCGGGAGCCCCAGGGCCUCACUGUGGUCGAGGAGGAGAUACCAGAAAAUCUCCUGGACCUUGCCCGGGAGAAGCGACAGGAAAUGAUUGAGCACAUUGCAGAGGCAGAUGAGACAUUAGGAGAAAUAUUUCUUGAAGAGAGGGAACCGACAGAGAAAGACCUUAUUGCUGCUAUCAGACGUUCCUGUAUAAAGCGAGCCUUCACUCCAGUGAUGCUUGGCUCCGCCCUGAAGAACAAGGGAGUACAGGCACUGUUGGACGGAGUGGUGGACUUCCUGCCCAACCCCUCGGAAGUAACCAACAUAGGUCUGGAUAACAAGGACGGUGAGGAGACUAAAAUUGUGAUGGAUCCAGCCAGGACCCUAGACCAGCCAUUUAUAUCUCUGGCUUUUAAACUGGAGGCUGGUAAGUUUGGUCAGCUGACGUAUAUGCGGGUUUACCAGGGAGGUCUAAAGAAAGGUGACACGAUCUUCAAUACACGCACGGGCAAGAAGGUCAAGGUUCCCCGACUGGUUCGCAUGCACGCUGACGAGAUGCAGGAUGUCAAUGAAGUGUAUGCAGGUGAUAUCUGCGCCCUGUUUGGCGUUGACUGUGCCAGUGGGGACACAUUCACCACUCGCGGAAACAUGAAUCUCUCAAUGGAAUCCAUGUUCGUCCCGGAGCCUGUCAUAGCUAUGUCAAUCAAGCCUGCGCGGUCAGCGGACAUAGAGAACUUCUCCAAGGGGAUCGCUAGGUUCACAAAGGAGGACCCUACUUUCAAGGUCAGCUGGGAUGAAGAAAAUAAGGAGACGAUAGCCCAGGGGAUGGGAGAGUUACACCUGGAUAUUUAUUCUCAGCGGCUGGAGAGAGAAUACAACUGUAAGGUGAUCAUGGGUCGACCCAGGGUUUCUUUCAGAGAAUGUCUGCUGGAGAAAUGCGAAUAUGACUAUCUUCACAAGAAGCAGUCAGGUGGUAGGGGAGAGUUUGCCAAAGUGAUUGGGGACGUGAUGCCUCUUCCGGUGGAAAACAACACUAAACUGGAAUUCCUCGACAAAACCACGGGUACCAAUGUGCCUAAGAACUUCAUUGGAGCCAUUGAAAAGGGAUACCGCGAGAUUUGCAUGAAGGGACCCCUCACAGGACACAAAGUGUCUGGGAUUAUUUUCACACUCAGAGAUGGCGCCAACCACCCAGUGGACUCUAGUGACAGGGCGUUUGAACAGUGCACACAUGGCGCCAUGAAACAAGUGUAUGAAAAAGGCCAAUGGCAGGUACUGGAGCCGGUGAUGUCGGUGGAGAUUAACCUACCAGUGGAGUUCCAAGCUCCAGUGCAGAAUAACCUAAACAAGCGCAAUGCAAUCAUCCUGGGUACCGACUCAAACGAGGGAUACACCACCAUAUACUGCGAGGUGCCCCUGAAUGACAUGUUUGGCUACUCCAAUGAGUUACGGUCCAUGACCCAAGGCAAGGGGGAGUUUACCAUGGAAUACAACAAGUACUGCCCUGUGUUGCCAGGCACCAUGCAGAUCUUGAUGGAAGAGUAUCAGAAACAAGUGGAAGAGGACAGAAAAUUGAAACAAAAGAAGAAAAACUGAUGUGAAUUGAUGCUCUCUUAGUUGUGGAGUUGUAACUGUUUUAAAUGUUGAUUAUAUUUAUUUCAGUAAAACUUAUUAUUCAUUUUGAAAUGGUAGAUAUGAUAAGAAUGUAAAUUUGAAAAACGGAAAAGUGUCAUAAUUUAAGCUGCUUUUUUUAGAUAUUAACAAGCCGUUAAACAUUUAAUGAUGAUAAGUUCUUGUCAAAUAUAUAUUUACAGAAUUUAAGCCUGGUAUAAAGUUUGGUAUUACCUCAGUAAUUUGAUAUGAUGUGUCUUAUUAUGAACUCAUUGCAAACAAUGAAACAACAAAUGUAUGCCCGUGGGGUUUGUAUUUGUUUUGGUAUGGUGGAUAGUGCAAGAUAACAGGACCUCCACUCAUGGGGCACACUGGUGGUCUUGUGAUUCCCGGUUUGAAUCACCUAACAAAUUGCACAUAGGUUUAAAGUCUUGUGAUUCCCGGUUUGAAUCACCUAACAAAUUGCACAUAGGUUUAAAGUCUUGUGAUUCCCGGUUUGAAUCACCUAACAAAUUGCACAUAGGUUUAAAGUCUUGUGAUUCCCGGUUUGAAUCACCUAACAAAUUGCACAUAGGUUUAAAGUCUUGUGCAAAAAAUAUAAGUAGAUAGGUUGAGCAUGGUCCAUCAAUAAAUGUAGAGUUCAAACUGUUAUUCAUAAAUUAGGGAUCAUAUGCUAUAAAAUGGUUUCUCCUGCUUGUACAAAAAACACACCGUAUAUAAGUUCUUAUAUUUUCAAACAAGCCAAUGGAUUUUAAGUAUGUAAUGCAUGUACAGCUAUUAGUAUGCAACUAUAUAAAUUGUUAGAUUUGUUACAAAGUUUAAGGCAUGUAUAAGAAUUUUUAUACUUCUCCAAGUCAUGAAAUGUUGUGAAUCCAAUAUGAAUGACGCAUUUAAGUCUAGUUAUCAACAUCGCUAUUGGUGACAUUUUUGACGUUGUUUCGCUAUGUUUAAGAUGUCCCUGGUAUAGCGGGUUUAGUCUUAAAAAUGCAAUACUUUAAAAAAUUAUUUUACAGGUUUGCUCUGUACUUUACACUGUGAUAACAAAUUACAAUGUACAAGCUA